AGUCGAGUCAAACCAGUUCCAUUUUCGAUUUGAACGGACGUGCACGCGUUACGAAUUCCGGACACCGUACGUUUUUUUUUGUUCAAUUAUUUUUUUCGGAGUUUAUUGAAAUUUUGCGCGUGUGUUUAUUUUACAAGUGCAGUGAGGCCAUAGCGUUUGUUCUGACUGGAUACGAGAUAUUUUAUUAAGGAACGUACGUAAAUAGGUUGUGUUUCGUCACCGGCGAGGAUUUUAUUUAUAGCAUUUAGCUUUAACAAGCUGUUCGUGUGUGACGGAUCUUAAUUUAGCAGUGCACAUGAGUAAACCCGGGACGGAUUUAAUUAAAAUGCGAAAAAAGAGGAAAACCUUGUACUGCGCCAGCAAGAAAUAAACGUGAAUGCUUAAAAGAUCGCGCGGAAUAUGCGUGCGUGAACCAGACAGAGACUGGCCGUAUACUUAUUGUUCAAGUGAAAUAUUCAAAACUCAUUACAAAUACAAACAGUGCCACGGUGAUUUAAAAAAAAAAAAACAAACAAAAAAAAAGUCGAACAAACAAGUAAUCGCCGUUUUAAAACUCGAACGCUUUUUGUUUAAACGUUUUGGGAUUGCCGCCUUCCAUGUUUGACUAGAGAUGUCUACGUAAAUAUUUAAUAUAAGCCACGAGAAAAGCGUUCGAAUAUUCAAAAAGUCUAAACAACUAAUUAAAAAAAAAAACUCAACAAAAUCGCUUAUUUAAAUUUGGAAUAAUGAUUUAAAACAUUUAAAUUAUGUGGAUACUUUUAAAAUAACAUCAGAAUUAGCGCGCGAUUAUAAUUUCCAAAUUCGAAUGUAAGACCAGCGUUAAUAAAAGUGAUAUUCAAAUUAGGAACUCGAAACUAAUAAAGCUAGACAUUCGUGACGCGACUGACGUCACGGCGUUAAGUGCUGUAGUGUGAAACAGUCGUCAAAGUGGCUGGGGACGAGCAUCUGGACAUGCUGGGGGGCCCCGAGUGGGGGCAGCGGGAGGCCACCCCCCCUAGAGACGCUCCCCUGCCGAGUUUUGGCUUUACACAGGAGCAGGUCGCCUGCGUUUGCGAGGUCCUUCAGCAGGCCGGCAACAUAGAUAGGCUGGGGAGGUUCCUCUGGUCGCUGCCGGCCUGCGAGCGUCUCCACGCCCACGAGUCCGUGCUGAAGGCGAAGGCCAUGGUCGCCUUCCACCGGGGGAACUUCAAGGAGCUCUACAGGCUGCUGGAGUCGCACAACUUCAGCGCUCACAACCACGCAAAGCUGCAGAGUCUGUGGUUGAAAGCUCACUACAUGGAGGCGGAGCGGCUUCGGGGUAGGCCACUCGGAGCAGUCGGCAAAUACCGGGUGAGGCGUAAAUUCCCCCUCCCCAGAACGAUAUGGGACGGAGAGGAGACCUCUUACUGUUUUAAGGAAAAGUCCAGAUCCGUCCUCCGCGACUGGUAUCUCCACAACCCGUAUCCUUCGCCACGAGAAAAGAGAGAGCUGGCCGAAACGACCGGACUAACCACAGUACAAGUAUCGAAUUGGUUCAAGAACCGCAGACAGAGAGACAGACAAGCUGAGCAUAAAGAUAGCGGCACCGGAGGCGAUAAGCAGCUGGACUCGUCUACGGAUGAUGACAGCGACGCACCCCCCGCGCCCCUCCCGCCCCCGCAGCCGUUGUACCCCCUCUACGACCACCCCCUCGCACACCUACAGUACCACCACGCGUGACCGCGCCACCACUCGCGCGAUCCGUUCUCCACAGCACGCGACAGGUGAUACGGAACAAACUUGGUGGUAGGACCUCUUGUGAGUCCGGAGUAGGUACCA